UCAGUUAUAACUUAGCUUUGGGUGUGAAUAGCCGGUGAAAUUGAAAUUUUGUUAAAUUAUCACUUAAAUUUUGUAAAACAGAUAAAAUGUGGAAAAUCGUUGUAACAUUUGCAAUUUUAGGAUUUGCUGGAAUUCAGGCACAAGAAGAAUUUUGUAUACAAUGCUCAUCGAGUGCUAUGAACAGUGAUUGCGUCUAUCCAGAAAGACUUGCAAACUUUACUCAAACUUGUGGAAAUCUCACAGGAUUAUGCUUUACAAGAGUUAUCCACGAUGGGCAGAUUCAACGUGGAUGUGGAUCAGAAAUUGACUCCACUGAAUGUAGCGGUGAAUUGUGCUCAAUUUGUCCAUUAGCCUCAGGAACAUCAGUAGCAUGUAAUGACCAGCCUCUCCCAGUCGAUCGUUUGACAUGCUAUACCUGCACAGGUAACAGAACUUCAACAUGCGGUGCAAUGAAUGGAACUUUAACCGAAGAGCGCUCAGUCAUGUGUCCAUUAUACCUUGAAGGAGAUCGUUGUGUUGCAACCAGACGUAACGAUAUAGUCGAAAGAGGUUGCUUCUCAUCAAUGCAUAGUGUCAACUGUGACAUUACCCACAAUUGCUGCAUGGGACAUGGAUGCAACCAUAUGGAUUGGGAUUUAGUACUGACUGGAGCAGCAUUUGGAUUUGAUUGGGUGGAUUGCAAAGAGUUCCUGGAAAUACGUAAGAAACUGAUGAAAGUUAGCGCUUUGAGUUGAGGCACGUGAUUUUAUCUUGACUGGUUUUAAGGACUAGAUUCUUUGGUAGAGAGUGUAAGCUUGAUCAAAAGUCAUUGAACAUUGAAUUCCCAAUAUGAAGUAGAUUUAGACUGCUCAGUUGACGCUGUACAGCUUGCAAAAUUUAAUCUGGUAUUUUGAAUCAUCAAAUCCGAGUUUUUAGACCCCGAUUUAUUGAUUUCACAGGAAUCAUGAAGCCUCCAGCACCAAAUGUCAUUCUAUUAAGCACAUCCAGCAAAUCGUC